CCCAUCGCCCGGCAAAACUGUAUCCAAGGGGCGCCUUAGUUACAGAGAUAUGCUUAAAGACAUUUGUAUAGUUGUCAAUGCUGGACUUUGAAACUCUGACGUAUAGGGAAGUGAUUUUCAGGACUAUUCAAUAGUCUAGACAAUCUUUAAACAUUAUUGGCGAGGUGAGACUUUAAAAGUCCACUUCUCAGUCACACGUCCCAAUUGCCGGUCCCGUUUUGGAAUUCCCACGAUGACGAGUAGCAAAUCUGAAAAUGGACAUGGUGGUCAAGAAUCCCAAACCAGCAAAAAUCCUGCUGACAAAUCUUGGCUGGCUUACAUCCUGAUUAACUACCGAUGGGUCUUUGUUUGCUUUUUCCUACUUCCCCUCUCCCUUGUUUAUGACAUUUACCACUUGGCACGCAGCUGGAUUAUUUUCAAGCUCAAUUCAGCUCCCAAGAAGCAUGAUGAGCGUGUUAAAUUUGUUCAGAAACAGGUAAGAGAAUGGAAUCAACAAGGUAGAAACACUCCCAUGUGCACAGCUCGUCCAGGAUGGCAGACUAUCAGUUUCAGGCAGCCCAAAUACAAAAAGACUUUGUUCAAUGUCAAAGUCAAUUUGAUGGAUGUCUUGGAAAUUGACACUGAAAGAAAAACUGUUCGUGUGGAGCCCUUGGUUUCCAUGGGACAGCUCUCGGCAACUUUAAAUCCACUCGGUUGGACGAUUCCCAUUCUACCAGAAAUGGACGAUUUAACAGUUGGAGGAUUAAUUAUGGGAACAGGCAUAGAAACGUCGUCGCACAAACACGGCCUAUUUCAGCACAUUUGCGUGUCUUUCGAACUAGUCGUAGCCGACGGUUCUGUCGUUAAAUGCUCCAAGGAGGAAAACAGUGAUCUGUAUUAUGCGAUUCCUUGGUCGUAUGGAACUCUGGGAUUCCUGACCGCCGUCGAAAUUGAAAUUGUUCCUUCGUUGCAAUUUGUGCGAUUGGAGUACAAAUCGGUAAGCUCACUGGACGAAGCUUGCCGCGUUUUUGAAGAAGAAACGCUGAAAGAAGAAAACAAUCAGUUUGUAGAAGGACUCAUGUUUAGCCUAAAUCGUGGCGUUAUUAUGACUGCAAACAUGGUCAACUCGGCCGAACCGGGCAAGCUGAAUGUCAUCAGUAGGUGGUACAAGCCGUGGUUUUUCAAGCACGUUGAAUCAUUUUGGGGCCUUGAAGAAACUCAAGUCGAAUAUAUUCCAACACGUGAUUAUUUUCACCGCCACUCACGAAGCAUCUUUUGGGAGAUUCAGGAUAUUAUUCCAUUUGGAAAUCAUCCCGUGUUCCGCUAUUUGUUCGGGUGGAUGGUGCCACCUAAAGUCUCGCUACUUAAAUUGACUCAAGGAGAUACUGUCAAGGAACUCUACGAAAAUAACCAUUUCAUUCAGGAUAUGUUGGUUCCCAUGUCUACCUUGAAAGAUGCUCUUCUUUGCUUUGAAAAGGAAGUGAAGAUCUAUCCUGUAUGGCUCUGCCCUUUUAAACUUCCAAAGGCACCUGGAAUGCUUCGCUCCCCCAGUGGUAAGCAGGAGCUGUACGUUGAUAUCGGUACUUACGGAGUACCGAAAGUGCGUAACUUCCAUCCAGUUGAGACAACCCGACGAGUGGAGAGUUUUGUUCGAAGUGUUAAAGGAUUUCAGAUGCUUUAUGCCGAUUCUUACAUGACUGAAGAGGAAUUCCAUUCCAUGUUUGAUCACACUCUUUACAAUCAAAUGCGGAAGAAAUAUGAUUGUGACAAGGCUUUCCCUCGUGUCUAUGGUAAAGUUUCCCGUGUAGCUCGAGAUUAGCGCGUGCAGGUUAUUCAUCCUGCCGUUGCACCUGUGAGUAUCGGUUUUGCUGUACUCAUGAUUUCAAUCUUUUGUACUCGAUGGCAAUUUUACAUAUUCAAUAAGUAGAAUAUACAAUCACUGUCAAGUAUAUUUCAAUGUACUCAUGUAGAAAUACGCCACAAGCUCACAAAAACCUACCCUAAAAUAAUUUACUUUGGUGUAAACGAAGUUUUCAUUCAUUUGCUGCAAUUUGGCAUAUGCCAAUCGAAUCAUAAGGAUUUCGUGCAGAUCAAACUGAUUUGUAAUUAAAUAGCUGUGAUCGGUCACUUAAACAUCAUCGAUGAGAAAGGUGAAGUUGCAUUUUUAAAAUGUUCAAAAUUCAUUUUUAGUUUUGCUAUAUCUUUUACAUUAUUAGUAUUGAACAUAGCUACGAUGUAAUAUUAAAGAAGAAGACUUCUAAAAAGUAUAUAACAAAGAUAUAAAAAAAAUAAUUGUCAAAGUUAUGUUAUGUAAUUAAGAAACCAGGUGUCAACUCUUCAGUGUUCUUCAGCCUUUAUUGUGUUUCGUCAGGUAGUAGUCAAAGUCUGCUUUAGUUACAAUACUUUCACCCCCCAAGGAAUCUGGCAGGAAUGGUAUCCUUUUCUAAAAUGGCAUCAUUGUAAGCAAUAGGUAAUUUUAUUAUGGGUUAAACUGCAGUACACAUCACUCCAACAUUUUCUUUGAGUUAUGUGUAGAUCUUUUUAUUGUUCAAGAACACAUUGAAAGUGUUGAUGUCCUUUGCAUUUUGAAGUAGAAUAACAAUAUUUACUCAUUUUAAUUAAUCAUUUUGAAAACAAGUAAUGAAAGUUUAAAUAUAUAUUUAUAUUAUUUAUAUAUUUAAUCAAAAUCAUUGCUUUUAGUCAUUAUUUUGCACUGUGAUAGAACGAUUUACCAAGUAAUCCUUUUCUCGACGAUUUUUCUCCGAUUUCUGAUAGUACUACCAAUCAUUAGUACACCAGCAGUCAGGAAUAAUCAAAGAAAGAAAAACUGGAUACUAGGCGUUCUAUCCCACCGCCGCAUACAAAAGAAA